AUGCUACAUAGACGGCCAGAGAAACGACCACUGGUGAUUACACGCAGCACCUUUGCUGGUGCAGGGUCCCAUGUUGCUCACUGGUUCGGCGACACCGUCAGCAGCUGGGAAAAGUACCGAAUCUCGAUUGCACAAAUGCUCUCCUUCGCAUCCCUAUUCCAAAUUCCCAUGGUCGGCAGCGACGCCUGCGGGUUCACCGGAAACACAACCGAGCAGCUGUGCGCGCGCUGGGCAAUGCUGGGCGCCUUCAAUCCGCUGUACCGCAACCACAACGAGUAUGGGAUGAUCGGCCAGGAGUUCUACCGGUGGGAAUCCGUGGCCGAGGCAGCGCGGAAGGUUAUUGCCAUCCGGUACCAGCUGCUUGAUUAUCUGUAUACGGCGUUUCACCGGCAGACGGAGACGGGGGAGCCGUUCCUGCUGCCGCUGUUCUUUUUGUACCCUGCUGAUAAGGCGACGUUUGGGUUGGAUUUGCAGUUCUUUUAUGGGAGGGGUCUGCUUGUGAGCCCUGUUACUGAGGAGGGGAGUAAGGAGGUUGAUGUCUAUUUUCCUGACGACGUCUUUUAUGAUUGGUAUACUGGGCAUACGGUGAGGGGGAAGGGCGAAGUGGUGAGGUUGACUGGGGUUGGGUAUACGGAUAUCCCGCUUCAUGUGCGCGGGGGGAGCAUCAUCCCGGUGAGGGCAAAAAGUGCGAAUACCACGACGGAACUGAGGAAACAGGAUUUCAGGUUGAUUAUUGCACCGGGGCUGGAUGGCAGAGCUGCGGGUGAGUUGUAUCUGGAUGAUGGGGAGUCGUUGCAUCAACCGGCUAUGCUCGACGUGGCAUUCGUCUACGAGGAUGGCCGACUGAGGUUUGAUGGGAUAUUUACGUUCGAAACGGACUUACUGAUUGAAUCGGUCACUAUUCUUGGAGACACAGAGAGGGCUAGAUCAAUUCCUGCUAAUCUGCCCCUGACAGGCCCUCAGAGGGUUGAUCUGAAUAGCUUCAAGUAG